UUCAGAAGACGUGGCACGGUUUGUUGCUCAUGUAUCAGUUGAGAUUCAAGUGUUAUGUACAGCAACUUUUACGAAGAUCCUACAGUUCCUUUGCCUAUAAUCUGUUUAGAAAAUUUGGAACAACAUGAUAGAAUAUUUCCAAAUACUCUGCGGCAUCGCUAUAGUGCUUCUUUAUCUCUAUUACCAUCUCACUUCUAACUAUGAUUUUUGGAAGAAACUUAACAUACCUGGACCAGCACCGACAAUACUUUUUGGAAAUUUGAAAGAAAUAGCCUUUCGAAAGGAAUCGAUGAGUGAGUCAGUGAAGAGACUAUAUGACGAAUUCAAACAUGAACCAUUGUUUGGAAUAUUUGAAGCAACAACCCCUACUUUGAUUGUCAAUGAUUUGGAUUUGAUCAAAGAUGUUCUUGUUAAGGAUUUCCCUAUAUUUGCAGAUCGAGGACUACCUUAUUAUAAAAAGGUAGAACCAUUAGCGGAACAUCUCUUCUUCCUGGAAUCCGAAAGAUGGAAACCACUGAGGACAAAACUUUCACCAACUUUUACUUCCGGCAAACUGAAAGAGAUGUUUCCUCUUAUAAUAGACUGUGCGCAACAUUUGGAAGAAUACCUGGACAAACGGCUAGAGAAACAAGAACCAAUAGAAUGUCGCGAAUUAGCUGCAAAAUUCACUACCGAUGUAAUCGGUAACUGUGUCUUUGGGAUUGUUACAAAUGCUCUCUCGGACGAAAAUAGUAAAUUCCGUGAAAUGGGCAGAAGAAUUUUAGAACCAUGUUUUCGAACGACAGUUAGAGCUAUAAUAAGGCAGUUUUUCCCUCGACUAUACGUUUUGAUUGGAAAUUAUAUUCAAGCUGUUGGAGUGAACGAAUUUUUUACAAACAUGGUAUCUGAUAGUAUGAGAUACAGGAAAGAAAAUAAUAUAUAUAGACCAGAUUUUAUUAACACACUCAUGGAACUUCGAGAACACCCUGAAAAGCUGCCAGCUGUUGAAUUGACAGAUGAGUUCCUCACCGCUCAAGCAUUGAUCUUAUUCUUGGCUGGAUUCGAAACCUCUUCGACGACUAUAUCCCAUACUCUUUACGAAUUAGCGCAAAAUCAUGAAAUACAGGAUAAAUUACGGAAAGAAAUAAAACAGCAUGAUGAAAAAUAUGGAAAAACUUUAACGUACGAUCAAAUUAAAGAAAUGAAAUAUUUGGAAAAAGUAUUUAAAGAAACAUUGAGAAAAUAUCCAAUAUUACCUAUGUUACCGCGGGAAGCAUUAAAGAACUACACGUUUAAUGGUACAAAAAUUACCAUACCAAAAGGUACAAAAGUUUGGAUACCAACAUUUGGGAUCCAUCGAGAUCCAAAUAUUUACCCAGAUCCUGAUAGAUUUGAUCCUGAGAGAUUCACUGAGGAAGCGGUUGCCAACAGACACUCCAUGAGUUUCCUGGCAUUUGGUGAUGGCCCAAGAAUUUGUAUUGGUGCACGCUUUGCGAAUUAUCAAGUCAAGCUUGGAAUUAUAACAAUCCUAAGGAACCACAAACUUGAUGUUUGCGAGGAAACCAUUAUUCCAUUUAAACAUGAACCGCAAGCGUUAUUAUUGACGCUACAGGGAGGAAUAACCUUAAAGAUAACAAAAAUGUAAAACUAAUACACCGAUAGUUUGGAUGUAUAUACACAUGUACAUUAUCCUGAAAAGUAAGCUCCCCUAGGAAAAAUUUCGUUACAGGGGAAGCAGGUAAUCUCAAAAUAUUAAUUUUGCCUAUAUCAACAUUAACCGUGAUUUUUUGAUAAAAUUUAGUAUAUGAAUAAGAAAUAUAGAUAAUAAAAUAAAUAUCACAUGAAGUUUUUCCGUCUAAAUGCUUAUACUCAAGUGGUGGAGGCCCAUAGACUUACAGUAAAAGCUGGAUAAGUGCAAGAGAAGGUGAAAGUGUUGAUGAAGAUUCUGCGACAAAAUUUUGUGAUAAUUUUACAAAAUUAUUGGAAGAAGAUGACAGUAUAGAUGAAAAUAAUGUACACAACAUAUUAAUAAAUGUAAUUAAUAAA